AUGAGUGGAAAUCCAAAGAGACGAAUCGAAACGGAUGUAAUGAAGCUUUUAAUGAGUAAUCAUGAUGUUCAAUUAAUUAAUGAUAAUAUGCAAGAAUUUUAUAUUAAAUUAAAAGGGCCAAAGGACACGCCAUAUGAAGGUGGUUUCUGGAGAUUACAUGUUGAAUUACCUGAUAAUUAUCCGUAUAAAUCUCCAAGUAUUGGAUUUGUUAAUAAGAUAUUCCAUCCAAAUAUUGAUGUUGCGUCAGGAUCGAUAUGUUUAGAUGUUAUUAAUUCAACAUGGUCACCAUUAUAUGAUUUAAUUAAUAUUGUUGAAUGGAUGAUACCUGGCUUAUUGAAAGAACCAAAUGGUAGUGAUCCAUUAAAUAAUGAAGCAGCUACUUUACAAUUAAGAGAUAAACAAUUAUAUGAAGAAAAGAUAAAAGAAUAUAUUGAUAAAUAUGCUACAGACAGUAAAUAUACUGCAAUGUUUGGUGAUUCAGAUAAUAUGAGUUCAGAUGAAGAUGUUAUUAGUGAUAAUGUACAUGUUGUAGUAAAUGAAGAAGAUAUAGAAGAAGAUGACGAAGAAGAAGAAGAAAAAGAAGAGAUGGAUGAUGCAGAAUUAUCUGAUUUGAGUGAUAUUGAAUUAAGUGAUGAAGAUGAAGAAGAUGAAGAAGAAGAUAUGAAGACAUAG